AUGUAUGCACGCAGUCAGCGCGCAGAAACGCGUAAUCGUGCGAAAGAUGAAUUGAAACGGGUUAUUAAUUCGGUAGACAAAGUUCGAAAAUGGGAAAAGAAAUGGAUUGUGGUUAAGGAUACGCAAAUAAAGUUGUUCCGGUGGGUACCUGUGACUGCAACAACGAAUAUCACAAAAAUGCCACAGAAGUCUGUAGUACAAGAUCAAGAUGAAAGUACAACAAUUGCAUCAUCGGAAAAUACUCAAGAUUCAUCUGCAUUAGAGAAUAGUGAUGUAACACGAGUUCGCGCCUUUAGUAAUUUGAAUGAUGAUUCUAAUACUGGCUUCUCAGAAGGAGGAUUCGAUAGUGAUUCCAACCAGACGUUUGAAGCAGUUGGUUUCCAGAGUCAGAGCAAUAACAGCAGUACUCCUAAUGGCUCAACAGAUUUUAGUGAAAUGCGACAGCAGGAACAGGAAUCAUCAGAAAUCAAAACUUGA